AUGCUUCUGAGGGCAUUAAGCUUUGGUCCUGUUGCUUUCUCAUCUCUCUCGGACAAUCUCUCUCUGCAUUUAGAGUACGAGGUUGUUAUUAGACUACCGUCUGGGAACCUGGAGACUUUGUCAGUUGACGAGUGUCUGAAAGCCUUGACAUCGGGAGAAAUAUGGGUCGCUAGCGGAAAUUCAUGCCGGGUUGACUUCGUUGUUGAUCUUGAUGGGAAAGAAUCGUUUGGAACCAAUAAUAAUCAUAUCAUGGAGUUGUUGGGUAAGUUCGUCGCAGAGUCAAAGAUAUGGGAACAGCUGGGAUUAUCCGCGAUACUUCAUUUGCAAAAUGAACCAAUGCAGAGGAACAGUCUUUCUCUUCAGCUAAACAAUAAAGAGCCUUUAAAUUCACUGAUUCUCGACGUUCGACCUUGGUCAUGUACAACUACCGACAUUAGGAUACCGGACGCGCAACUCUGCGCUGAAAUGGAGCAGCUAAAAGUACGAUUAUCAUUUCGACCUACGUCUGGAGGGAGUCAAACUUCAAGAAGACUGAAACCAUUUCCCCUAAAUUCGAUGGUUGGCAAAAACUCCUCUCAGAUAGUGGAGAUCGCACAAUCAGGUACACCUAAAAAAUCUUUAAUUGUCAAAUUUGGCCCCAGUGAGAACAUAUUGUCGCUUCUGGAAGGGUACUCCAACUCUAGUGAACGAUUCCAAGCUACUCAAGCAAGGGUGCCCAGCACAUUAUCAAUCAUUCAAGUUGGCUCCAAAGUGAAGAUUUCUGAAAUUUUGAAAGAGUGUUCUGAGAGUUUAACCUCGAGUAUCACAUUGCAUGCUAUACCUGCUUUAUCUCAAUUGAAUUCUUUCAUAAGUUCGAAUCCAUUCUCCAAAUUCCCGUCCGCUCCUAGAUACAUGACUUCGUCGAGUGAUUCUCCUAAGAGGAUGAAAAGGGCUUCUAAAGUUUCACAGAGGGUGAAAACUGAUUCUUUUAUCAAGCAAGAGGAUGCUUCCACGUCACCAGAAAAUGUAGCCUUUGACGAAAUGCUGCUUCUAUCUGGCGACAAAAGAUAUUGCGCUCAAACUUCGAACCACAACUCAUCAAAAUCCUCAACUAUUGGAAGUGUUUCCCAAAAGUGCAAUGCGACUUUCAAUUCUCAAGAUAAAGCAUACGUACCUGAUCCUACAGCAUCAUGCAAGCUCGUGACUGCAGCGAUGCAUGUUAUGAUUGCUGGAUUAGAGACGAGACGGAGAACGACGAAGGGAAUAAAGAUUGACAAUAACUCAAAAAUAUCAACUAUUUCACUGGCAGCCUUGGGUCCAGUCAUGUUUUGUCCGGGUUUCAAGCAGUCGGUAACUCAUAAUUCUCGCUACACCCCUAGAAUCAUGCAAAUGAUGACCUCAUGGGCACGCAAUGCUCAAACACCAGGCCUGCGACAAAAAUUUGAGCAGAUUGCAAACAUGCCGACCUCCGAAUUUGUUGACGAAAAAACUGAUGAAGAGAUGCAUGGUGAGUUAGGCUCUGAGAAAAGGCUGACAGCUGUGGUGAAAGCUCGACUAUGGUCAAUGAUGCAACGAACAUUACAUGAUCUACCAGCUGCUCGCCAGAUUAUCAAUAAACUUUCGACUUCAGAGGACGUUGUUAUGGCUGAGGGAAUUGAUGGAUAUGAAGAUCUUUUGGACUCUAUCGCCGAUGACGCUGACGUACAAGAUUCAGCAAUGUUGGACGAUGAAUUUCGGUGGAUUAUGGAUAACCACAGUGAAAAUUCAGCAUUCGACAAUAUACUCAGUGAUGAUGAAGGUAUGCCAGACCAUGGAUUUGACGAUCUCCUCCUCGAAGAUGAUGAGUAUUUUUAUGAGUCUUUAUCAAACGGUGAGGAAAUGGAAAGAUUGGCAAUAGAAUCGGAAUCUGAGGAGAUGUUUUUCGGCCACCCUUGGCAACUUGAGGAUGAAGAACAAUAUGAUGACUUAUUGUUAGUCGUUGAAGGGUCAGGUCAUGACGAGUUGCUACUUGAGGAUAAAUCCGGUAUAUUGGAAGAAGGUUUAUCAUUCAACAAUGAUGAUCUGCUGGUAAUUUAA